UAUUUUUUCACUGAAUUAACAACAUUCACUAUUCACACUCUUGCCCGUGAUGUCUGGUUCUGAACCAGUCUCUGUUCAUGUGGCUUUUCUUCCAAGUGCUGGCAUGGGCCAUCUUAACCCAUGUCUAAGAACAGCUGCAUUGUUUCUUCGCCACGGUUGCAGAGUCACUCUCAUUACUCCUAAACCUACCGUCUCUCUCGCUGAGUCAAAUCUCAUUUCUCGGUUCUGUUCUUCUUUCUCAGACCAAGUCACACAAAUAGACUUGAAUCUCAUCCCUUUGGAUCCAACAAGUGUUAAUUCCACCGACCCUUUUUGGACUCAGUUUGAAACCAUUCGUCGCUCUGUUCAUCUUCUGUCUCCUAUCUUAUCCACACUUUCACCACCUCUCUCUGCUUUCAUCUAUGAUGUGAGCUUGAUUUCCCCUUUAGUUCCCGUUACUCAAAACCUCAAUUUACCUUGCUACAUCUACUUCGUUGCACCAGCUAGAAUGUUCUCUUUCUUCGCACACCUUUCGGUUCUUGCUGCAUCAAAUCCAGGUGAAAAUCCAGCUUCAUUCAUUGGUGAUGUUGUUGAAAUCCCAGGCAUUGCACCAAUUGCAAGAUCUUCUGUUCCCCCUUUGCUUCUUCAACCUAACAGUCUAUUCGAGAGGAUAUUCAUGGAGGACAGCCCCAAACUCACGAAGCUAGAUGGGAUUUUAAUGAACUCGUUUGAAGAACUUGAACCUGAGGCUCUAGCUGCACUUAAUGAUGGAAGAGUUGUUCAAGGGUUGCCACGUGUUCAUGCUGUUGGUCCGUUCAUGCCGUGUGAGUUUGAGAAGAAUGUGGAUGAAGAAAGUUCCAUGAGUUCAAUUUUGAAGUGGUUUGAUGAUCAAAAUUCAGGGUCGGUUGUAUAUGUUUGCUUAGGGAACAGGACAUUGACAAGGAGGGAGCAAAUAAAAGAUUUGGCUAAUGGGUUAAUAUCAUGUGGGUAUAGGUUUUUGUGGGUGGUGAAGUUGAAGGUAGUUGAUAGGGAAGAUGACGAAGAUUUGGAGGAUGUGUUGGGGAAUGAGUUGAUGAUGAAGGUGAAGGAAAAGGGUCUUGUUGUGAAGACAUUUGUUGAUCAAAUGGAGAUUUUGGGUCACCCUGGGGUUGGAGGGUUUGUGAAUCAUGGUGGGUGGAACUCUUUAAUGGAAGCUGUGUGGCAUGGAGUGCCUAUUCUGUCAUGGGCACAAAAUGGGGAUCAGAAGAUAGCUUCAGAGGUGGUGAAGAUGAGUGGGGUGGGGAUUUGGCCAGAGGAGUGGGGUUGGGGAGUAGAGGUGGUGGUGAAAGGGGAGGACAUUGCUAAGGCAAUUGAAAAGAUGAUGAACAAUGAAUCUUUGAGGAUUAGAGCUGCAGAAAUGAAGAAAGCAGCUAGGAAUGCUGCUGGCGUUGGUGGGAGUUCUGAGGUUAUAAUUAAGAGACAAAUUGAGGAGUGGAAGAGGAAUGUUCAAUGA